UGAAGUGGUACGUUGGCAUAUGAACUAUAAAUUUCUUGUUUUAUUUUGUAUUUACGUGUAAAUUAUGUUAUAAGAAUUGACCAUGAGGUUAUUCUGUUCGUGACUCUAACGGCCCCUCUUGUAUGAGGUGUGUCGAUAAGCUAAAAAGCUUUACUCACAUUAACUAAUUAUUUAAAUGUCCACAAGUUAUUGAAUUAUUCACAAUGCUAGGAUUCACAUUUAAAGAAGAUGCAGAUGCUGACAGAGUGCUGUUAGCUAUGAAGGUGCUUAGUGCCGGUUUUUACGCAGUGUCUUCAUUUAUGAUAACGGUGGUUAAUAAAACCGUGCUGACCUCAUAUGCGUUUCCUUCUUAUCAAGUAUUAGGCAUUGGACAAAUGUUAGCGAUAAUUAUAGUUUUAUGGGUAAGCCGUGCCAUAAAAAUUGUUGAAUUUCCGACGCUGGAUCGUGGAGUUGCAAAGCGGAUAUGGCCCUUACCAGUGAUAUAUUUGGGCAAUAUGGCAACCGGUCUUGGAGGAACAAAAGAACUAAGUCUUCCAAUGUUCACGGCUUUACGCCGCUUCAGUAUUCUAAUGACAAUGAUAUUAGAGCGAUUUGUGCUAGGAAUCAAAGCCUCAUGGCCAGUUAAAGCAAGUGUGAUGGCCAUGGUUGGAGGAGCAUUACUAGCUGCUGCUGAUGAUGUUACAUUCUCGUGGACUGGAUACACUCUUGUUCUUCUGAAUGAUGGAUUUACUGCAGCAAAUGGUGUAUACAUGAAGAAAAAAUUGGAUUCCAAGGAAUUAGGUAAAUAUGGAUUGAUGUUCUACAAUGCACUCUUUAUGAUAGUUCCAGCUGCUAUAGUAGCAUGGUGCACUGGUGAUUUACGACGCUCUGUAGAUUAUCUGCAUUGGUCUGACUCACUGUUUGUGCUACAGUUUCUUAUGUCCUGUGUGAUGGGUUUUGUCCUCUCAUACAGUGUUAUGUUAUGUACACAAUAUAAUAGUGCAUUGACAACAACAAUAAUUGGGUGCUUAAAGAAUAUUUUGGUAACUUAUUUAGGUAUGAUCAUUGGAGGAGACUAUGUUUAUUCAUGGCUGAACUUUGUUGGAUUAAACAUUAGUGUUCUUGCAAGUUUAUGGUACACCUAUGUUACUUUUAAACGUAAACCAACUUCAUAUGCUUUACUGAAUGAAGCAAAUAGCAAAGUUGAUACAGUUUAAAGAUAAUAAACAACCUACUUGUACAGUAACAAUGGUUGACACCAAAGAGUUGUGGUCAAGAGUAAUUAAAAACUAAAAAAAUUCUUUCUUUGUGGCCAUGUAGAAUUAGAUAAGUUAUUUAAUGUAAAUAUAUACUGUAGAUACCUAAUAUCUCAUGAAAUUAUGUAUUUAUUUAUUGUAUAUUUUUUACUUGAUAUCUAAAGAUGCCUUGUUACAUUGGAUGUAUUUUAGUUAUGUGGCUUUCUUAGUUUUUAAAGAAGCUUUGAGUACAGUUUUAGUACAAAGAGGAAACUUUAAGAGAACUUUUCAUUCCCGAAAUAGAAGCUUUUUGUGAAUGGGCAGCCUUUAUAUUUUUAGUCUAUUGUGCAUCAUUAUGAGACAAGUCAUUUUACCCAGUUACUGUUUAAUUUGACCACAGUAGAAGUAAUUGCAAAGCUAUGUAAGAUAUUUGCCAUUAAUCAUAAAUAUUACUUUUGAAUAUUCUUGUGAUUGUUAGUGUUAAAUAUUUAAAUAUAAGUAAUAUAUAUAUAUAUACAUAUAAUAUGUAUUGUAAAGUAUAUUGUUUCUCUUUAGAACUUUUUAUGGUUAUUACCAUAUAUUUUAUAUUAAUAAAUAAAUUGAUAAUAACUAGGUAACACUAAUCACAAAAAAACAUAAAACAAGAAAUAUAAUUAUAAAUGAAUCCUAAAAAAUGGUUCACACUUCAAAUGAAAGCAAUAAAAACCCAAAAAAAAAAUGUUAAUGUAUAUGGCCAGGACCAAUACAUUAAUUAUCUAAAUAUUAUAUAAUAAUUUUAUAAGGGGAAAUAAAAAAUAUAUGAUUAAGUCAUUUGACACCAUUGGAUAAUCUUGAAGACAAAUCACUUUAGAUUAUGAAGCACACAUGGUAUCAGAUGUGUUAUAAGUAGUUAUAAGUUGAAUUAAAACGAAUGAACAAUUUAUAUUAUCAGUUACAUUUUGUAUUAAUAGCGUAACUAUGUACUUCUACUAUCAGUAGUUUAGUAAAGAUAGUGUAUUAUUACAGGAAACUUUUUUCGCAAGAUUAAAUGACAAAAAAAUAUUUUUCAUGUCUAAAAUUAUGAACAAUAUGUUUUGUAUUUUAUUAUGUAUUAGUGUAUAAUAGGAUAAUAGUUUUGCAACUUAUCAGGUUGCUAAUGCACAAAUAGAGUUCUACAUAUUUUAAUAAUGAUUCAUUCAGUGAUUUUUAUGAAAUGCGAGUUGUACUGACGUAACUCUUUGUAUACACACUUCACUGCACUAUUCAUUGAUUUUCAAAAAGAGCCUUUGUAAAGCAUAUGAAUAUUAUUUUGCAAUAAAAAUAGUUGCGUAUAAGAGUAACGUCCGUUAUUUUUAACACCGAAAAUUUGGUUAUAAAGUUCCAACAACAUCGACUUCUACUAUUGCCUACAUCUCAGUCAGAAAGGUAUUGGAUUUCUAUUAGUAUAUUACGUAGACAGAAAAGAAAUUAUCAUACAGUUUUUUAUAUACAAACGGUAGUCUACCGGCACCUAGACGGUAUCUUAACUUCUUUUAAAUGGUAUUUAAUUAUUUUAACUUACAUUAACUCAAUAAGCUAGUCAUAUUCUACUUCUCCUUUUAUUCUACAAGUGCAUAAUAUUUAGGUCUCAAUUACUAAUUGAGAUUAGCCAAGUUUGUUAAGUAGGAUGUCCCAGUUUUAACAAAGAAUCUUCAACCGAGAGGCCCGAUUAACGAGCUUUUGGGUAGGAGAUUUGAAUCACAACCCAGAUAAUAAUUGUCUACUGGUGCCUGGUGCACCGAACUUUAAGAAACCUGUAACAAUGUUAUAAUACUUUUAUUUUAAUUAUACUCGUGAUUUUAUAUGGGUGGCGGAUAUUAUUGUAAAGUAAUAUUUCAUCAAUGUCCUCAUUGAAUAUAUUGGUGAGAUAUUACUGUUUUAAAAUUUUCUAUAAGGUUAAAAAAUUAUAUAUGCAAUAAAUAUUGUGACAUUU